GAAUCUUGAAUCUUGAAAUAUGACACACUAUGGAAGGACAGUAACAAAACAGAGAAUGUAGCCCUUCUUGAAGGUUUCACGUCAGCUUGAUAGUACUGCUCCAGGGUGCCAAUGCUUCUCAUUCAUUUUCUGAGCAGUCUGAAAAACAAUAACAUUCUCGUGAACCUUGUUUGAGUUUUGGGAGAAGCUACUGAUCGAUAUUGAUCUUUGUUUUUAUUAAUAGUUACUCAUCAUUGAAUAGUAACAGUUCAAGUGCAGACUUAUUUGUAAAGUUGGAACAAUAAUGUAAGUUGACAAAAAUGAUCGCAGAUGUUCACAGUGAUGGACUACACUACUCAAGCAAUUUUCGAGAGUCUAUUAACAGAUUUUCAUACCAUGUGGAAAUGAGUGAAAAUCAAUAACUGCUUGGAAUGUUAUAAAGUUACAUUAAAAACCUACAGCACAGUGACAUGGUUUGCAUAAUAUUCAGCUGUGAUGUCAAAUCCUGUAGAUGUUCACAUGCAAACGCCAUUGUAUGGUCCUCUGUCAGUUUGAAUGGGAGUUAUUGGCUGCUUCUAUUUCAUCCAAAACUUUGAGGACUUUGACGACAGCAGUCUGGUCUUCCUGUGUGGUUUCUUUAUUCAUGUAAGCUGAAAGAAUCAUUUAAAGGUCAGAGAGCUUCUACAUCUGAUCCUUCCAACCAAAGCUGCCCCCAACUUUCUAAGACUUUCUAUAGGCACGUGUCCCCGAGGGUGGGGUGGGGGCUGCAGGCCUGUUGUUAUCAUUGUGCCCCAAACAGCCAAUCAGGGAGUGAGCGUGUGCCGGCUCUGCAGUAUAAAUGCAGGCAGAUUCUAGGAAGCAGCGCAAACGCCCUUCUCUGGACUCUUUGACCACAUCAGCUGAAUUCUGAGAUACAACGUAAGCAUGCAGUCUCCUGGAAAAUCUCUGAGGGAAGCUCUGCUCUGUGCCCAGAGCGAGGACAGACUCACUGUUGGAGUCUACGAGAGUGCUAAAAUUAUGACUGACGACCCGGACAGCGUGUCCUUCUGCGUCCUGGCCAUGGAUGAGGAGUUCGAGUGUGACAUCGCCCUCCAGAUCCACUUCACCCUCAUCCAGUCCUUCUGCUUCGACAACGACAUCAGCAUCGUCAGGGUGAGCGACAUGCAGCGUCUGGCUGAGAUUGCUGGUGCCAAGGCGGAGCAGCUGGAAGACGCCCACUGCGUCCUCAUCACGAACCCAGCUGAGGGGUCUUGGGAGGACCCUGCUCUGGAGAAGCUGCACCUGUUCUGUGAGGAGAGCCGGCGUCUGAACGACUGGGUUCCUGAGAUCAGCCUCCCGGCGCUGAUCUGGGACUCGGCUCCUCUCUUGCUCGGAUGCUGUGAAGCUUCUCAACUGGAAAUACCCAUCCUGAUGAACAGGAUGACCCUGUUUCUGCUCAUCCCUGGAUACUCCUGA